AUGUCGGGGAGCGGACAAGUCCCGGGCGAGCCCAGCGCCUCGGGCGCCGCCGACCAACUCACACCCAUCGCUGUCCCGACGAGCCCCGUUUCGACCUCUUCGCCGAACCGUGCAGUCCAGAACCGCUUGUCCUUGGGAACCAUUGCGUCUCACGAAUCCAUCUCCGACUCGAGCGACGAGGGACUCCACGUACGCAUGAGCCCCGCCGCCGCCAGGAGGUUUGCCCGCCGCAACCUUCGCCACACUUCUGCCACGCCUGAUCUUGUAACGAGCCUCGUGCGCCCGCCCUCUCCCGACGCUCUCUACAUCGCCCCGGAAGUCCACGGCCGCGUGAGGCAAGGCGCGCUGGCCCGGGCCCUGUCCGCUUCCUCGCACUUGCUGGUGUCUGCCCGCGCGCCCAACGGGGCCUCUGAUCGACGCUCCGGCCCUCUUCUUCCCCCCCACCAAUCCUCCCUCGACAUCCCAGCAAAGUAUGGCGGCGAGUCCGUCUUCGACAUGUACGGCCUCUCGUACGUCUCCGAGCCGGAUGCGAACCUGCUCUGCCCCAUAUGCCACGACCCACUCGUCGACCCCGUUACGACGCCGUGUGACCACACGUUCUGCUAUCGGUGUCUGCGCAGGAGCAUAUCAUCGAGUCCCUCCGGUUCCGCCUGUCCGAUUGACCGCGACCUCCUCUGCUGGCUCGACUGCUUCAGCGCCGCGAGGUUGAUCCGCACCCAGCUGAACUCCUUGAUCGUCAAAUGUCCGUACCAGGGGAGAGGCUGCACCAAGGAGGUGAGGCGAGAGGUGGUCGAGCGCCACGCUACUGCCGAAUGCCGAUACAGGGAGUUCUCGUGCCCUGAUAUGGCUUGCGACAAGAGGGUGCGGCACAAACCAAAAGACGACGAAUGCCCUCAUCGCCAGAUCAGCUGUGCGGAUUGUGAGGCUGAGAUGGAGCAUGAAGACCGUGACAUUCAUCUCCUGUCCUGUCCCAAAGCCAAGACGCGCUGCCAAGGCUGCUGGCAGCUCGUGGUCCGGUCCCAAAUGGAUGUCCAUAGCGAUGCUGAAUGCGAUGGUGUCGAGGUCGGAUGCCCAUACGAGGACCUCGGGUGCCCGGUGCGCGCCAUUCGCGGCGAGAUAGGCGCGCAUAAGCUCGGCUGUCCCUUUCACCCCGACACAGCGUCGGGAAUCGUCAUCAGGAAUCAACGGCAGGUCAUCCAAUCCUACAAUGACCUCGGCAGCCAACUACGGGACAUGCAGACUAGGCAGGACGACACCAACCGUCGUAUCGACGAACUCACAUCGACGAUGACUCGACGCACCGGCAGCGGUGGCGAAUCCAUCCUGAGCGACAGUCGCACCAUGCAGGACCUGGAUGCGGGCUUCGAAGAGGUGCACCAGAACCUCACGCAUCUCGAGGCCCGUCAAAGCAUGUGGACCCUGAAUCAGGUGAUGCCCAUUCGGGAAGAGGUGACGGAGCUGCGCAACAACAUCAACAUGAUCCGGAUGCACGUCAACUGGCUGCUCAACAGGAGCCGGGAGGAGGGGCGCAUUCGAGCCGCCAACAAUACAGGCGCGUCGACUACGAUCCGACGGGACAGCUCGGGCGAGGGAGGCCCGUUGUUGCCGGAGAGAAGGCGAUCCUCUGGGGCGGAAACGGACCUUCCGCGGCUAUGA